AUGCAGGUAGCGUGCAGUAAAUUACUACGCCAAGCAAAUUAUUUCCGUGUUUGGUAUCAUGCUGGUGGAAUUCUGCGAACGAAACCGCACGACAAAUCGGAAGGUUUGAAAUAUGUACAAAUCGAACCGGAACCUAAAUGUGCAGCAAAAGAGAAAACAGAAACGAAUAAAAGUGCAGCAUUUGUGCAUUUCACUAUGUUACGAAUGCGAUUACCUGUAAGGUUUCAACAAUCAAUUUAA